CCCCACCAGAUAAAAGGGGAGAAGCCUUUCCACAGCUUGGUCAAUCCUCCCCUCUAGGGCUCCAUCUCUGCUUCUCCUGCCAUGUCGUGUCGCAAUUUCCAGCUGAGCUCCAGGUGUGGCAGCCGGAGUUUUAGCUCCUGCUCAGCUGUCAUGCCCCGGAUGGUCACUCAUUAUGAAGUGAGCAAGGGGUCCUGCCGGCCUGGGGGUGGUGGGGGCCUCCGAGCCCUGGGCUGCCUUGGCUCUCGAAGCCUGUGCAAUGUAGGGUUCAGCAGACCCCGAGUUGCCUCCAGAUGUGGCAUGCCUGGCUUUGGGUACCGAGCGGGGGCCACCUGCGGACCUCCUACCUGCAUCACCCCUGUCACCAUCAAUGAGAGCCUGCUGGUCCCUCUGGAGCUGGAGAUCGACCCAACGGUCCAGAGGGUGAAGAGGGACGAGAAGGAGCAGAUCAAGUGUCUCAAUAACCGCUUCGCAUCCUUCAUCAACAAGGUGCGGUUCCUGGAGCAGAAGAACAAGCUGCUGGAGACCAAGUGGAACUUCAUGCAGCAGCAGAGGUGCUGCCAGAGCAACAUGGAGCCGCUCUUUGAGGGCUAUAUCUGCGCCCUGCGGCGGCAACUGGACUGUGUGUCUGGGGACCAUGGGAGGCUGGAGGCUGAGCUCUGCAGCCUCCAGGAUGCACUGGAGAGUUACAAGAAAAAGUAUGAAGAGGAGCUGUCCCUACGCCCCUGUGCCGAAAAUGAGUUUGUUACCUUGAAGAAGGAUGUGGACACAGCCUUCCUAGUGAAGGCCGACCUGGAGACCAACGUGGAGGCCCUAGAACAUGAGAUAGAGUUCCUGAAAGCCCUGUUUGAGGAGGAGAUCGCCCUGCUUCAGUCUCAGAUCUCUGAGACCUCAGUCAUUGUAAAGAUGGACAACAGUCGGGAUCUGGAUGUGGAUGGCAUCAUAGCCGAGAUCAAAGCCCAGUAUGACGACAUCGCCAGUCGCAGCAAAGCAGAAGCAGAGGCCUGGUACCAGUGCCGGUACGAGGAGAUGAGGUUGACAGCCGGGAACCACUGUGACAACCUCCGCAACCGAAAGAACGAAAUCCUGGAAAUGAGCAAGCUGAUCCAGAGGCUGCAACAAGACAUUGAAACAGUCAAAGGCCAGCGCGGCAAACUUGAGGGAGCCAUUGCCCAAGCAGAGCAGCAGGGUGAGGCAGCCCUCAGCGACGCCAAGUGCAAGCUGGCAGGGUUGGAGGAGGCUCUGCAGAAAGCCAAGCAGGACAUGGCCUGCCUGCUCAAGGAGUACCAGGAAGUGAUGAACUCCAAGCUGGGCCUGGACAUCGAGAUCGCCACCUACAGGCGCCUGCUGGAGGGCGAAGAACACAGGCUGUGUGAAGGCGUCGGGCCUGUGAACAUCUCGGUGAGCAGUUCCAAAGGCACCGUCCUGUAUGAGCCAUGUGUGGUGAGCACACCCAUGCUGAGGACCGAGUACUGCGCAGGGACUACCAGCCUCCUCAGGAGCAGUGGGGGCUGCAGCGUGGUGGGCACCGGUGAACUCUACAUCCCCUGUGAGCCCCAGGGGCUCCUGGGCUGUGGGAGCGGGCGAAGUUCCAGCAUGAAGAUGGGCUCAGGAGGCAACUCCUGCAGCCGCUAG